AUGGCUUCCAAGUACCGCAGCAGUGCUGAGGUCCAGGUGUCCGGGCUGCCAGUAAUGUUCGUGAUGUCAGGGGUGUACGAGAUGUCAGGGAUGUCAGGGGUGACCGCGGUGUCGGCAGGCGCAGCGCAGGCAGCAGCCAUGUCCAGCUCGCCGCGGUCAGCAGGGGCGGCGGGGCGCCGGGCGGACGCCAAGCAGGUCAUGUUCGCGGCGCCGGCGCGCGAGAGCGACAGCCUGCGGGGCCGCGCGCGCGAGUACUUCCAGGACUACGCCAGCAACGCGGCCGUGGACGGCAUCAAGUACAUCGGCGAGGAGGACCGCCACCUGGUGGAGAAGUUGUUCUGGGCGCUGGUGAUGCUGCUGAGCCUGGGCCUGUGCUCGCAGCAGAUCUACAACAUGUGGCUCAAGUGGACGUACGCCCCUGUGAUCGUGUCCUUCGACGAGAGGAGCACGCCCGUCUGGGAGAUUCCCUUCCCCGCGGUCACCAUCUGCAGCGAGACCAAGGCUCGCCAGACCAUCUUCAACUUCACGUGGGCGCUGUUCAACUACGACCAGAACAUGACUGAAGACGACUUAAAGACUUUGACUGAUGUGGCGUUGAUGUGUGAUGAACAGUACGGCCAAGGCGAAAACUUUACAACAGAGGAAGUCAUAGAUUUAUUCAGAAAUGUUUCUCCGUCGAUGGACCAGGUGCUGAAGGAGGUGAGGUGGAGGAACAAACCGGAGCUGGUGUCUGACAUAUUCACACCCAUCGUGACGGAGGAAGGGAUAUGCUUCACUUUCAACAUGCUCGAUCCAACAGAGAUAUUUACAAACAUAGCUGCGCAGUACAACCAGAAGUUCACGCAGCAUGGGAAGAAGUCAAGCGGCUGGACGCUCGACAAAGGAUACGACGCACUCACUCCCCUUCAGACCUACCCCAACAGAGCUCUAGGGGCGGGCUACAAUGUGGGACUGGUGGUGAUGCUAAGGUCCUUCACAGAGGACAUCGACUACCUGUGCAAGGGAGCGGUGCCAGGAUUCAGGGUGCUGCUGCACAACCCGGCAGAGCUGCCUCGUGUCAGCCAGCAGUACCUGCGCUCGGACCUGAACCAGGAGCUGGUGGUGUCCGUGAGGCCGCACAUGAUGGUCACCAACCAGGGCCUGCAGCUGUACUCGCCCUACGUGAGGCAGUGCUUCUUCCCCUUCGAGCGAGAGCUCAGGUACUUCAGGGUGUACACCCAGAACAACUGCCAGCAGGAGUGCCUGGCCAACUUCACGCUGCUCUACUGCGGCUGCGUCGGCUUCUACAUGCCGCGUGAGUCUUAUGCUUAUGUACAUGUCCCUGUAUACGAGAUGCGCAAGCGGGACGUGGAGCAGGGACUGGGCGACGCGGGUCUGGACGACAGCGUGGACUGCGACUGCCUGCCCUCGUGCACCGAGAUGCAGUACAACGGCGAGACGUCCACCGCCGUCUUCUCCUGGAGGAACAUGGUGGUGGCCCAGAACAUGGACCCCGCCGACCCGGAGUGGGACGGAGCCAACAUAGGACGCGUGGUUGUGUUCUUUAAGGAUUCCCAGUUCAUAACCAGCAAGAGGAGUGAAAUUUUUGGAACAACAGACUUUUGGGCCAACUGCGGCGGCUUGCUCGGCUUGUUCCUGGGCAUCAGCGUGCUCAGCAUAGUGGAGAUGGGCUACUACCUGACCCUGCGCGUGUGGCUUGAGCCGGGCAGCAAGCAGCGCUUCUGCUUGUUGCGGCUUCUAGCAGCGACCAUCUCCUGCCAGAAGAGCCUGGCGCUGGACGUCUCUCCGUGGUACUGUAUGUCCGUGCAGGCGGCCAGGCAGUCGCACGCCAGUCCGUUGUUCUGGGUGUACACCCUGAAGUACCUGAGCUCUCGCUCGAAGGGGAAGAAGCACUGCCUCACGUAG